CCUUUUUCACCUCGUGCGAAAAUCCCAACGUUCCGAUCUUGUGCUUAUUUAUAGUACUCCUACUCCCGCGACGUAUCAAAUAAUCACCCCGCGAUCUAUUGCUCCGUGCCCUACCAGAUUCUACCCCCUCUUUUAACUGCUUCCUCAGCCACAACGCCGCCGCUGAACAAGCGGCGCCACCGCUGCUGCUCUUAAUUUGAUGAUCCACUGCCGCCAUUCAAGAUUUCAUAUCGGCAGAUAAUCAUGGGGCGCGCGAAGCUGAAGAUGGAACUAAUUGAGAAGGAGAAUUUGAGAAUCCAAACACUGAAGAAGAGAAAGGAAGGUUUAGCGAAGAAGCUCCACCAACUGACCACUCUCUGCGACGUCUCCGCCUGCAUGAUCGUCUACGAUCCGGCAACCGAUUCGUCUUCAAUCUGGCCGCGGGAUUCCGACGCGCAGAUCCGGCACCUCGUCGAGGGGUACAAGUCGAAGAGCAAGGAUCUGCAGGGAGGCGUGAGGUCGUACGGGCUGGGCGAUUUCUUCAAGGAGCGGCAGAAGCAAAUCGAGGGGGAUCUCCUCAAACUGCGGAAGAAGAAUCUGGAGGCCAAGUAUCCGGCCUGGGAUGAUUGCUUGUGCUUCAUGGAUGAAUCUCAAUUGAGGGGAUUGGCGGCGUCGCUGCGCGUCAAGGCGGACAUUGUGCGCUCCAGGAUUCACUAUUUGAAGCGGGAAGCUUCAAAUUCUGCUGCUGCUGCUGCUGCUUUCGCCCCGCAGCCCAACUACUACUACGCGCCGCCGCCGCCUCUGCCGGCGCUGCUUCCCAACUACUACUACGCGCCGCAGCCGCUGCCACCUCUGCCGGCGGCGCAGCCCUACACCGGCUGCUCUUCGAUCGAUCAGAAUCUCAACUACUACUACUACUGCUCUGAUCAGAAUGUGGAUUGGUGAUGCUGCUGCUUCUGAAUUCCCCAAUAUUUUUUAAUUUUUUAAUCUUUGGAACAUUUUGAUUGAGGUUAUUUAACAGUUUUUUUAAGAGCCAAAUUAACAGUUUCUUGUUGAUGAGAGUAUGUCAGUUUGUGAAUAUUGGAGAAGACGAUUGCACUAUUUCUAUAUAAUGAAGUAUCUAUAA